UGAAGAUAAAUCACCCCACUAAUGCUCUAAAAUAAAUUAUUAAAGCAAGCCAAUAUGAGCUAAACAGCUGAUCCCCACGGGAGAAGUAGACGGAGAAGAGCACCUUCGCCUUCUUCCGCUCACCUCUCUCUCACAAAUCAUUCAAUUUACUUCCCAUCAACUUCAAUUAAUUUCAUCUCAUUCUGCGCUUCCUUUAGGAAGGCUAAAUCUGGAAAAACGCGAAACAUGGACCCUUCCUUUCCUCAAAACCUCGAUGACUACUCCCCAUCUUCAACCACAGUCAAAUUCGACUAUCCAACUCCUCUCCUUAGGGGUCCGGUACCCGCCGGCCCAUCCGACGACCCUUCAUCCGGCCCUUACCUUCUCGCUUUCAGAAAUCCACGAUCCUGGACAGCCGCCUACAAGAUCUGCGAGUCUAAAAUUAUCGAGCAGUGCGAGGGCGGGGCCAGGAUUGGGUGUGCCAUAGCCGCAUCCAACAAGUGUAAACCCCCGUGGUGGCGCAGUUUGAUUGGAGGGAAAUUGCCUGAUUUGAAGGAGAGAGAGAUGUGCGAGGAACGCGAAAUGGAAGGCUGUUUGGCUGCAGCGAAGGAGAAGUGCAUUGGGUUCGCCAAGGACAAGUGUUGGAGGCCAUUCAGUGAAGCAAGAAUUGCAGCUGGGGAAGGGACGGUGAGUGAGAAAAUGGUUAAGAAGUUGGUAUGUUUAGUAUCAAUGCCAGAGAGGAGCAAGUGGCCCGGUUUGAUUGAAUUUGAUAAAUGUGAGUUUGGCAUCACAAAUCACAGAGCUGGUGAGUUGCUGGGCUCUGAUCCAAAUUAUGAAUGGUUCUUCAAGAGGUGAAAGAGAGAAAGAAAAGAAUGUGGAGUUAUUGGGUUGUGCCAUUGAAGCUCAGUGAUGCUGGGAGGUUUGGCAAUUUCUUACCUGGUUGAGGAUGGACACUGGGGAGGGGCUUGUUUAAUUGGAUCACAUUUAAUGUUCAGAAAAUUUCUUUCUGGCGCUUUUAGUAUAUUCAUUCUUUCUUAAAUUUGUAAAUUUGAUAAGAGACCAUUAUCAGAUCUCUUUUUUUUUUUUUAGUUUAUGAGAUGCCAAGGAAAAACUUGACAUGGAACACAUAAUCAAUAAUAUUAGAGAGCCCAUGAUUUCAAUA